AUGACAGAUAAUAACAUACAGGCCCCCAUCCCUUUGAAAAAUAAGACUGUCACUCAAUUAAAGAACCUAGAAUCAUCAAGAAAAAGACCACUUUCUAGUUCAGGGGGGGCGUCCGUGAAAAGAAACCUUACCUCUCCAGUACAACAACUCACUGAAUUACGUGCUAGAUCCAUCACACCAACAUUGCUAGCGGAAAAAUUGUUGAAUGGUCUUAGCUCUGAAGACAUAAUUAAUCGAAGAUUGAAAUAUUACAACCUGGACUACCCAGAGGAUGAAGAAACAUACUACAAUGUAGUUUUUGAAAAAUCAUCCAAAUGGUUUUCAAGAGAUGUUAAGCCAGAUUUUCAACCUGAAAGACACCUUCCAUAUAAAACAGAAACACCCAGAGAGCAAGCAAGAUAUUUAUGUCAUGUCUUGGUCAACUUACAUAUUGCGAUUUCAUCUUUAGAUAUUCAAGGUUUACUUUCUAUAACCAGUAAAGAUCUUUCUGAACUACAAAAUGAAAUCGAUGAUUUGGCUUUGAAUACAGAUUUGUUUAGACUAUCAAAUGAGGUUGAUACUGAUGUUAUUGAAUUGCAUGAUGGUGAUAAAUUAGAAGACUUAGAUGUUCCUGAGGCGGGAGAAACUGGUAAGAUUACAGCUAAAUCGUCAAGCAUAAUUAAUGUUAACCAUUGGACCAAUGAAUUGAGGAAUUGUUUAUCCUUCGAUGUUCCUUUAACAGUUAGGAAAUCACUAACUGUGGUGUAUUAUUAUUUAUCAUUAGUAAAGGGUCAAGAUACUAUGAGAGAAAUGCAUGUCGAAAUGUUCGAACGAUUGGUAGAUCCUGAUAUGGAAGGUACAAAUUUUACGGAAUUACUUCGUGAAAGUGGAUUAAUUUUAGAUCAUAAAGUCUUAUUUGAUUUCAUCAUUCAAUUUUUACCCUAUCCUGAUUCAGAUUAUGUUCGGUAUGAUCUUUCCUCUAAAGAGGACUUACAAUUAUUUAGAUUAUUAUUGAAAUUGGCUCAUAUGUCCAGACCAUUCUUUGAUGAUACUGACCAAAGCAUAUUAACUGACAGUAUGGAAUAUAUUCUGUCCAACAUGUCACCUUCUACUACAGCGACGAUUCUUCCAUUUCUUACUUCAUUUGUGCCACUCCAUUUCCACAAAGAUGCAAAAAUUACCGAUUAUUUUCCAUUUUGUUUCAGCUUAUGGAGUUUUGUCAUCGCGAAUGUUGCAGUUGAUACUCACUUAUAUGAUUUUGUGGGCGAGGUGUCGGAGGAUGUUCAUAGGCGAUUAAUGAAUAGUAAAAAGGACACUAUAGAGAACUUAGUGACAUUUGGCAAAUUCGGAAUUUUCUCUUCGGAUCAAAUUACUUUCUUAUUUAAUAGAAUACAGGGCCAUCUAAGAUCAAAUGGCCAGAUUCAUUCUUACACGAGAACAGUUAAACCUUUGGUUUAUGCCCUCAACGGAUCCAACAAUGAACUUUAUUUUGAAAAAUUAAAGGAUUUGGUUCAGUCACUUGAUACCUUUGUUCAUCCAUCUAACCAAGGGUUUUGGACAAAAACUAUCGCAAAAUUUAUUCAUAGCUUCAUAAAGAUGUAUCAUGGGAGGAAAUUAGAGGAAGAGGAAGCUCAAAAGAACGGUUUGCAAUCAAAGAUUUUCUUGACCCCUGAUUGCACCUCUAGAAUAGUCAAGUUGUUUCUGAACUUAAUUUUAAUUGGUGUUCAAAAUAAAUCAAAUGAUGUGGCUAAUUAUUACAUUGCAUGUUUGACUUAUCUACUGGAUUUAUCUCCAUCAAAUUCAUAUUUGAUUUUUGAUAAGAUUCUGGUGGAGGUUUAUGACACUUUGGCGGGUGAAUAUAUUAACUCUAGGCAUAGAGUCAUUUCCUCUUUGAAGCAGUUUACAAGAGCCAUCAGGUUUAUGGUUUCCCAAAAGCUCUAUCGUAUUCAUAUUACAAAUAUUUUAUCUAUGUUGAUAGAUAAAAUUGAUCUGAAUGAUGCAGUUCUAACAAGUAAUGUAUUCAAUAGUAUUGUUACUAUUGCAACUUUUGUUCCCUUCACAAAUUUAAUUACGGAUGGUGAAUAUCUGACAUUUGAAUCUACCACAAUUCCAUUUAUUCAAGAACAUUUUGCAUACUUAAAAAUGGGGAACACAUCAAAUGACUUUCCAACUGAUAGUAAAGUAUUAGAAUCGGCGUUUAGGGCAUCAACCACACUAUUUCAAAAUAUCAUAAAGAUUUAUGUCGAUAAGUUAUUUCCAUUUGUUGACGUAGAAUUAGACGGUGAAUUAAUAACAAAGAUGAACCAAACAACUUAUUUAAUACAGGAAGCCAUGGAUGAUAAGAUGUUCUCAUAUUAUUCUGAUAUAUUCCAGAGAAGAUUUUGGGAUAAUGAUGUUUUCAAAGAGAAGGAACCAAAUUAUGAACUAGUUACAAUGCCAUUAGCUGCUAUUGUUAGAAGGGACAACUCAAUCAGUUCUACACUAGUGAAAACUUUGAUUUAUAAUGUCAAGGAACAGAUAAAAAGAGGUGCUGGCUCGAUCAGAAGUUCCUCUGAGAUUCAACAAAGAGAUGUCAAACUAGUGCUAUAUUUGACUACCUUCAAUGACAUAGUAAGACAAGCACAUGAAGCAGUACUCCUGUAUAGUGAAGACGUCUUGGAAUUUCUGAAGUACUUAUAUGAAAAUGUUAGCAACCCACCGCUUGAUGUUAUUACUUCUAUUAUACCUCACAGCAUCCUUUCGACGUUGACAACUACCGAAUUGGUUGAUUAUCGUUUAUUCAGUAGAAACUCUGAUAUUCCGGGAGAUGAAAAAUGGGGUGGCCUUCAAUUUGACACAAGAAAGUAUCAACAAGAAAAUAUGGAAUUUGACUGGCAUCUCCCUACACCAAAGGAGGUGACACUUGCUAUACAAUUCUUUGAAACCCUAACUGAUUUCUGCAUAUCUCAUAUUGAAAAGAUAAUGCAAGAACCCCACCUUACUACGGCAGUUAGUGAUAAUAUACGAAAAUAUGUUCUAGUGUUAACACAUUGUCUUUCUGGUAGCAGUUUGUUAAUUGAUCCCAGUUUUAAUAAAAACAAGACUACGAGUCCUGAAAAUAUAUCAUAUAGGGAUAAACUGACGCUGUUGAAAAAUAUUAGGGAAAAUAACUGUGAUAAUAACGAAUUUGACAUUGAUAUAGAACAGAUUCGCUCUGAUGCUAAUGAAACAACACUUGAAUUUGGAGAAGAUGAGCAUGAAAUUGAGUUGGAGAAUGGGUAUGACGUGGCUGACAAUAAGAAUGAACUUCCAAACGAUGAGUAUGACAUUGAUGAUCUUGCAGCAUCAGAAGUUCCCUCCGGUGUGAGUACCCCGGUAUCAGGCUUUAUAGGUGCUUCCUCGAUGAACUCUAGCAUUGUCUUUAGGGACAUGGAUAUCUACACUUGUAAUUAUUAUUUUGGUAAUAUUCCAGAAGAAAAGCUCAGUCAUCCAGAUUACUUAAGGAUUCAUAAAGAUAGAGCAGUGAUUGGAUCGUUUUUUUUGAGACUUUACAAUUAUAUCUCUGAGAAAUAUGAGCAUAACACGAUUGUGUUUCAAAUUAUGCUCCAUGCAUUAAAAGUUUGGUUUACUGAUAUUGGUAAAGAAACUGUGUUUGAUGACGAUCCAGAUGCCAGGAUUGACAUUGAUUUUAUUGAAAACAUCCAAUCGCUGAAUCAUCGCGAGGAUUCCUUUACUAGAACCUGCCUUGCGGUAAGAUUAGGUGACUUACACCAAAAUCGUAUUUUGCUUCGCUCAACAAACCGUUAUCCUUCUAAGUUGGAGAUAAAAUUAUUGCACGUGAUAAUUGAUAUGGCACUAUCAGUAUAUGGGGAUGUACAUGAAUCUGCAGAAGGAACUUUGGCGCACUGUAUGAAACAAGUUAUCGGAUCAUACUCAAUUAUAAUGAAGCGGAUUAUUUCUGCAUUAAAAGAUUCUUUAGAAAAGCGUGAUUAUAUGAAAAUAUUGCCAAUCAUGAAAGUUCUAAUGGUUAAAAAGAUUAAUAGGAAGAUUAUGUCCGACUACAAAAAUCUUCAACCGCUUGUAUUAUUAUUGUUAGAUUGUUGCAAAGUGGAUGACUUGAAGAUAUCUUUAUAUGCUGAUAAUAUCCUAUCUGAUAUUGUUUCUGAAUUGAAAAUUCCCUCCAGUGUCUGCAUUUAUGAUGAUAGGUUACUCUCUGAAUUAGCCUCACCUGACGCAUCAAUUGAUCUACAGAUCAAAGCUGUCAAAUUAGCAAAGAACAGGAAACGUCAAUAUUAUCUUUCACUAUUAUCUGAUUUACAAAAUAAAUUACUUGAAUUAUUAAACGAAGAGGGAGAUGUCAGUUGGAAGAUCCCAAUAUUUAUCAUCGGGUUUAUUUCGAAGCUACAAUCGAAUCUUGAAUUUAAAACGGAUAAAAAUGUGGUGGAUACGAUAUUAAUACAAACCAAAUCGAAACAUCCGAAGAUGGUUCAACUUGCAUUGAAAUCUUUUCUGUCAAUAACGAACAAAUUGCUGUCACUUUCAGAUUAUAAGUAUGAUAUUUCAAAAGCGUUUAGAAACGACUUUGACCCCAACUUUAUUGAAGAGAUAAAAACAGAUGAUGCCCAGUUUCAACAACUGUUUGAAAAAGAAAUGAACAAUUUCGAUAGCCCAACAUUUUUUAUUGACUCCAGACCGUCUGUUGGAUGGUUAUGCUGGGGUAAAUCAAUGAAGGUUGUUAAGUCCAUGCAGUUCGAGGUGAAUUUGAAAGAUGAUGAUAAGAUGCUUCUUUCUGAUAUGGGGAGAUACAUUUCCCUAGAUUGGUUGAAAAAUAUUUGUUCAGAUUUAAUUCAUGCAAAUGAAACUCGUGGUAUAUUUAGAAGCAGCAAUGUUUCUUUGUUUAAUUUUGUUCUGCUAUUAAUUUCAAAAGGAUUUAGUGAACUAAAAUUAAGUGAUAUACUUGGCCUCUGUGAAGAGCUCUAUAAAAGAGAUGAUAAGUCCUCAAUGAUUAUGUCUAUUGAAAUAUUUGGCUCCUUAAUAUGUUCAAGUAAGUAUAUGUCCAAGGAUGAAUUAAAAGAACGUGAUAACUUCAUUGAUGACUUUUUACCAGAUUGUUUGAAUCAUGAGUUGAAUAAUGAUGCAUUUGACAUUUGGAGCACAUUAUGUUGGUGGCUACCCACAAUCGUAGAUAUUAGAAGAUGCAAGCCCUUUUAUACUCAUUUCUCAACAAUUGAGAACCUUUUAGAUACAAACUCAGAUGCAGCCACUCAACAGUCAUUUAGAGUCCUGAUGCUGAGAUGCGUGUUGAUGGGUUUGGAGUACAGAAGUCCCGAUAUGACGAACGUCAUGGCAACUAUCUUAUUUACUCAUCCUUACGAUCAAGUACGUUCAUCCAUUGCAAAAUUAUUUAGCUCCUUGCUUCAAAGGUAUAGUGGUGCCGCGUUGGCCAGUGUUGAAGAAUUUUUGAAAUCUAAUGCUGAUGAAUAUGAUGGUUUAGGAUACCCUAUUAAACGUGUAUCCCCUGUAUUGGAUAAGAUGAUUAGAGAUUGUUUUGACAGUAUGAGAAGAGAUGCUGCCCAGGUGUUCGAGUUGACACCACAAGAAAUUAUGAAAACAGACUUUUAUUAUAAGGCUUCGACGAUGUUCUACAUAUUGAAAGAAAUGAUCAAGGGGCCUAAUAAGGUUUUAUUAGUUCCGUAUCUUGUCGAUUAUUUGAUCCCAUUUUUUAUGGUUUUGAGUACGCAAAGAGAUUUGUGUAAAUUAUCUGGGUUUGAUCCUUCACUUCUAUGUAAGUCACUUGCGUAUUUGCCCAUGAGGAAAUCACAAGUUUCCGAGGUUGUUAAGUUGGUUUGUGAUUCAAAAUUAUUUACAUCACACCAGCUGCAAUUACAAUUAUCAUUCGUGCAAUGUUUCCUAUCGACUCAAUUAUUACAACUUACCGAAGGGGAAAAAUCACAGAUCUUUAAUUAUGUUGUAGAAAAUCUAUUCAAUGAAACGUUCGUUGAAGUCAGAGUUGCUGCAGCUAAGGUAUUAUCAGAUAUAAUUCAUAACUCUGGAGAUGACGGUAUGAUCUUUAAAGAUUUAAUAAACAAAUUCGACAAACAAAUCUCAAAUCAUACAUGGGACCAAAAGAGAAAAUUAUCCAAGACAGAUGUCAAGAUUCACGGUAGUGUUCUUGGGUUGGGUGCUAUUAUUUCUGCAUUCCCAUACUGCUUUCCAUUACCACAAUGGAUUCCAAAGCAGCUGAGUAUUUUAUCAUCAUGGGCUAGGACCAGUGGAAUGACUGGUGUUGCAGCUAAGGACACUAUUAGUCAAUUUAAGAAGGUAAGAACGGAUACAUGGAAAUUCGAUAGGGAGGUAUUUACAUCAGAAGAGUUGGAAGAUUUAGAAGGUGUUUUGUGGAAGAGUUACUACGCCUAG